AUGAAUACUGAUAUCACUACCACUCCGUCUGACGACUCCAAUACCACAUCCCAAACCUCAAGUCCCCAAAGGACCACAGUUUCUGGUGAGGAACAGUACUUCAGAUGUGGUACUAAAGAUCAAAUCAGUACUGAUAUCACUAUCCCUACGCCUGACAACUCCAUAACUACAUCCCAAACCUCCAGAAGUUCUGUCGGGUCUUCAGCAUCCCGUGAGGAACAGUACUUCAGAUGUAACGCGCGGAGUACUGGCCCGGCCCGAUACAGUUUUAUCGGUUUCAGCUCUUCGCAUAUAGCAGAUAUAGCUUACCAUACCGGAUGCUAACUACAUCAGAUAUAUCUGGACGUGCUAGUUACUCC